UGAACUAACCUGUAAUGUUAGUCAAACGCAAACUAUAUAUAUAUAGGACGAAAUAAAGAUGUGAGUAUGGACAGAAAUUCAAACAAAAAGCUGAAAACAUUUGAAACAUUGCUAUGACGCUUAAGUUUGUUGUUGCUCUGUUCGGGUUGUACUUCUGUCCAACACUGCUGGCCUGCAGAUGGGCCAAUGAUUGGGAUGGUCCGUUAAAUUUUGAAUGUGGGAGUGACCAGUUUGUAUCACAUAUCGAGAGUGAUCAUAGAAAUGAUAAAGAAGAUAGAAGGUACAAAAUGUGCUGCAGACAAACACCUAGAUAUGUCAAAUUCGAAACAACAAGAUGCCAUUGGACAGAUUACCUCAACAACUAUGAUGAAUUUCUAACAUUUACCUGCGGGAACAGUGGUUACAUAAAUGGGUUUAAGAGUAUUCAUAGCAAUCAUCACGAGGAUAGGAAAUGGAAAAUUCGCUGUUGCACGGUUCAAGGCUUGUACCUUCCUUCUCACGAAUUCACAUUCACUGGAUGGACAAACAAUUGGGAUGGUCACCAAGACUUUACCACCCAGCAUAAUCAUAUAACCGCAGGUGUUUGGUCAGAACAUAGCAAUCACCACGAGGACAGACGUUGGAAUUAUCUUGUUUGCAGACCGAGUCGAAGUACACUGACAAACAUAUUGCAACGCCAGAAUGAUACUUCAUUAUACGUGGAACAAAAUUGAUUCUGAUUUUUGAUAAAAAGUAGUUACCAGUUGAUUUAAUUCACCAAUGUUUUGUAAUGCUUAGAAUAAAUAUUUUAGAAAUAAAGCAAUGCAAAAUAUCAUAAAA